UGGAAAAUAUAGGUAACCUAUUAAAGAAGCAUAAAAAUGUAUUGUUAUUUACCGAAACUAAAUCGGAUAAUUUUGUAUAGCCAUAAUUUUGUCAAAGUUAUUAGACUGUAGGCAUGGUAAAAGUAACCAAAUUCAUUUUAUAAGUAAAUCUUAAAUUCAAAAAAAUGAUAUACUGAAAUACAAAGGAAUAGCUGCCAAAAACACUCACAACCUUCCUCAAUUAACUCACUGAACAACUUAUUAAUGAUACUACUGAACAACAUUUUUAGUAACAAAUUGAGUGACGAAGAGAAUUUACAGAUUUUUGGCAAAUGUAACAACAAAAAUGGCCAUGGACAUAACUACAAAGUUGAAGUUACUGUAAAAGGUCCAGUUCAUAGAGAUACAGGGAUGGUAAUGAACAUAGCAGAUCUGAAAAAUUAUAUAGAUAUUGCAGUGAUGAAGCCUUUAGACCAUAAAAAUUUGGACAAGGACGUGCCUUAUUUUCAAGAUAGCGUCAGCACUACUGAAAAUGUAGCAAUAUUCAUUUGGAACAGUUUAAAAAAUGUCAUGGACAAUCCAGAUUUAUUGUAUGAAGUUAAACUGCAUGAAACUGAAAAAAACAUUGUUAUUUAUAAAGGAGAGUAAUUGUUAAUAUUAUAAAAUAAUGAUUUCAUUUUGUGUAACCUAUUAUUAUUUUUAUUUUAUAAUUAUAAGAUAAUAAUUGUUAUAGUUAAGUUAAUUAUUUAAAUAAAAUACCUUUUUUAUCAUA